GACUACACAAAAAUGGCUUCAGGUAUUUUUCAGGUUGGAGGUUCUCAUUCCCCAAAGUUGCAACCGCAUACAUUUACCCGCCAAAAGCUUCUGCCUCUCUCUCCGUCACUGAAAUUGAAAACCCGACCCUUUCAAUUUGAUCUAUCCAACCGAUCUUCUUCUUCUUGUUCGUUGGUUGCGUCGGCAAUCUUACCUAACUUUAACUUGAAUGUCCCUCUCAUUUCUCCCCACGACACAUGGGGCAACUGGACCGCUCUCUUCGCCGCCGCUGCUUUUGGAAUCUGGUCAGAAAGGACCAAGAUUGGAAGCACGCUGAGUGGUUCUCUUGUGAGCAUUUUGGUGGGACUUGCAGCAAGUAAUUUGGGGAUUCUUUCCGUUGAAGCUGGCGCCUACGAUGUUGUUAUGCGCUUUCUGCUCCCUCUCGCUGUUCCCUUGCUCCUCUUCAGGGCUGACUUGCGCCGCGUCAUCAAAUCCACUGGCACACUUCUCUUGGCUUUCUUGUUGGGUUCAUUUGCAACUACAGUUGGAACAGUAGUAGCAUAUCUACUUUUUCCAAUGCGAUCACUUGGUCAGGAUAGUUGGAAGAUAGCAGCUGCUCUCAUGGGAAGACAUAUUGGUGGAGCUGUCAACUAUGUUGCCAUAUCUGAUGCCCUUGGUGUUUCUCCAUCAACGUUAACUGCCGGCUUAGCUGCUGAUAAUGUUAUUUGUGCAGUGUAUUUUUCAACAUUGUUUGCAUUGGGGUCUACAGUGCCUCGAGAGGCCUCAACAUCAGUAAACGGUGAUGGAAUGACUACCACAUCUGAGUCUGGUAGCAAACUUCCAAUGCUACCUAUGGCUACUUCUCUUGCUGUGGCCUUUGCCAUCUGCAAGGUUGCCACCUUUCUUACAGGGUAUUUUGGAAUCCAAGGGGGCACCCUGCCUAUGGUAACAGCAAUUGCCGUAAUUUUGGCAACUGUAUUUCCCAAACCAUUUGCUUCUCUUGCACCCUCUGGUGAGGCUAUGGCCCUUAUUCUCAUGCAGGUAUUCUUUGCGGUGAUAGGUGCAAGUGGGAGCAUAUGGAGUGUCAUCAACACAGCACCUAGUAUUUUUCUAUUUGCUUUUGUUCAGAUAGCAGUCCAUCUUGCUAUAAUCCUUGGACUGGGAAGACUUUUUCGCUUUGACUUGAAGCUGUUGCUUAUUGCAUCAAAUGCUAAUGUUGGAGGCCCAACAACGGCAUGUGGAAUGGCAACUUCAAAAGGGUGGAGCUCUCUCAUUGUGCCUGGCAUUCUUGCUGGUAUAUUUGGAAUUUCAAUCGCAACUUUUCUCGGCAUUGGAUUUGGUCUGACAGUCUUAAAACACAUGUGAAAUUCCCAUGUUCUUUAUAUGCAAACAAUCCAUGUAAUCGAAGAUCUUCUCCCUUUUCUUGUUUUAGACUAGUUUGUUGUAGUGAAAACUACACAACAUGCUGGAAUAAUCUGA